CAAUGUAACCCCUAGUCUAUUGAUUUAUUGGACGGCGUUAUACUCCGAUACUAUUAUAUAUACCCCGAGCAGGUAUACGAUCUGGGCUUGAUAUAGUUUACCUCCCACAAACUCGAAUACCUAGGUAUCUGAGGAUUCACAAUGUUGCGCGAACUUAUCUACUGCUCGAUUGGGCUGGUGCUCUUUGCCUACGCCCUCGAUUAUGCGUUCAGCUUCGCGGAUGAUGAGCGGGAGCCCAAGCGUAUAAGUCCUAAGGUCCCUUUGAUCGGCCAUCUUCUUGGAAUGGUCAAGUAUGGAGUAGUGUACUUUACGAACACGAGCAAGCAGACCACAGCCGAGAUGUACACGCUCCCCGUACUUAACAACAAGGUCUACGUGUGCAAUUCGCUGCGCCUGAUGCCAUUGAUCCAGAAGAACUUCAAGACGGUCUCGUUCCGGCCUUGGCUCAAGACGAGCGCGGAAAGGAUCGGCGGCAACUCGCACGAAGCCGUCGAGUUGUUCGGCGGGCCGCUUGUCGACGAUUUCGAGCGGAUCAUCAGGUUGACGCUGGAGCCGGGGCCGUGGCUAGACGCCCAGAAUCUGCGCAUGGGACAGAGCUGUUCUGCUCUUAUAAACUCCCUAGUUGGUGGUUUAGAAGGAGAGGAAGGAAAUAAGGUUUGGCUGCUGAGUUGGGUGAAGCACUUAGUUGUGCAGGCUAGCAGCUGUGGGGUUUACGGUCAAGAACACCCCUUUCUAGAUCCUGCAAUUGUAAAGGCAUUUUGGGUCUUCCACGAGCACAUGUUAGCGCAAAUGGCAAGCCUGGAUUUUUUCCAAAGGUGUACCAAAGCGCGUGAGGUCCUUUAUCAAGCCCUGUUGAAGUAUUGCGCGGCGCCUCCCGCGGACAUCGCGCACACCGUCGUCGAACGGCAGCGCGUGCUUCGGGAGGCGGGGAUGUCCUUCGAAGAAGCCGUCAAGCAGGAGAUCGUCAUGUGCGUCGCGACGUUCAUCAACACGGCCUCGACCCUGUACUGGACUCUCUGGGAGCUCUUCUCGCGGCCGGAGGUCUUGGCGGAGGUUAGGGAGGAAGUGGAAGCUCAUGCUGUAUAUCGGAAAUCUGGUGAAGAGAAGAAGAACAAGGAGAAUGAGGAUUUGGAGGAGCAGGAGGAGGAGGGGAAGGAGGGAGAGCACGAUGCUGAAGAAGCCGACUUCGUGCUCGACGUAGCGGCUCUCAAAACCCGGUGUCCCAUCCUCCUCUCCGUCCUGCAGGAGACGCAGCGCAUGCGCCACGUGCACGCCAACAUCCGCAAAGUCCUAUCCGACACGCCGCUCGACGACGGGCGGUACCUCCUGCGCAAGGGGUACUACGUGAUAAUGCCGGCCCCCCCGAUCCACGCGAACACAAGCGUGUGGGGGCCGUCGGCCGGCACCUUCGACCCGUACCGGUUCAUGCCGAGCCGCAAUAAAGCCAGCAAAUCCGACGCCGGGGCGGCGGCCCCUCCUAGCGGCUUCCUGUCCUGGGGGGCGCCGCCGUAUCUCUGUCCCGCGCGGCAGUUCGCGUCCACGGAGGUCCUGAUCGUCACGGCGCUGCUGGCCAUGCGGGUCGAUCUCACGCCGGCGGCGAGCGGCGGGAAAUGGGAGGCGAAUCCGGCUUUGAACUACAACGAGCUCAUUACCUUGUGUAAUCCGGCUAAGGACGUGGAGAUGCGCGUUAAGCCUAGGGAGCAGGGCGUGGGAAAAUGGGCGCUGAAGAUGGGGGAGAGUAGGACGAGAGUGCCUAUUGCGUCUGGCUAAGGGGUUGUUGGAAGAUGUUGGGGGAUGAAUUAUAUACGGUACCUCGGUAAGUAGUAGGUAGGAUAUAAUAAUCAGCGGUAGGGAUGAUUCUUAUUUAGGAACGAUUUAUGUUUAGGAUAUCUAUAGUUACUCGUUAGCAAUAUCUUCGUUCUUAGUUUUAUAUUAGGGCUACUAUUGAAGCCCUACUGAACUGCGAUUUCCAGACUCAAACAAAGAGAUUAUAAUAUCACUAAGUUAUUCUCGGGAUCUCAUAAAAGCGGACAUCGCACUC